ACGGACUACUCUCAUUUGUUCCCUGCCCACUACCCAGCAUGCCAGUCGGUGCGCACUGAUCCACUGAUACUGUCGGUAAUAUGGCGGCCGUCAGUAAGUACCUGACAGCUAAAAACUCUUCGAUAGCUGGCGGAGUCCUACUCGUUUUAUACAUCCUGAAGCAAAGAAGAAGAAGAGGAGGCAAGUCAAGCGGCAAAAAAGGACGCUCAGAACUGGUGUUGAGCAAUGACGACAAAGCAGCCAAGAAAGACCGUGCUGCGGUGGACUACGUCUUCUUCCUCAGAAUCAGUAAGAUCAUCCGGAUCAUGGUGCCUCGAUGGUUCUGCAAAGAGACAGGAUACCUUGUCCUCAUAGCUGCCAUGUUGGUGGCCAGGACAUAUUGUGAUGUCUGGAUGAUCCAGAAUGGAACCAUGAUUGAAAGCGCAAUUAUCGGUCGUUCCAACACCGAUUUCAAGAACUACUUGUUCAACUUUUGCAAAGUCAUGCCACUUAUUGCAUUGGUGAAUAACUUCUUGAAGCUGGGUCUGAAUGAGCUGAAGCUGAGGUUCAGAGUGAGGCUAACCAAACACCUCUACGACGAGUACCUCAAAGGAUACACGUACUACAAAAUGGGCAACCUGGAUAACCGUAUCGCUAACGCUGACCAGCUGCUGACUCAGGACGUAGAGAGGUUCUGUAACAGCGUGGUGGACCUCUACUCUAACCUCAGCAAGCCUCUCUUGGACAUUGGACUGUACAUCUUCAAGCUGACGUCUGCCAUCGGUGCCCAGGGCCCAGCGAGUAUGAUGACCUACCUGCUGGUCUCAGGCCUGUUCCUGACCAGACUACGACGGCCCAUCGGUAAGAUGACGGUGACAGAGCAGCGCUACGAGGGAGAGUACCGAUAUGUCAACUCGCGACUCAUCACCAACAGUGAGGAGAUUGCCUUCUACAACGGGAACAUGAGAGAGAAACAGACGAUUCACUCAACAUUUAAGAAACUGGUCGACCAUUUGCACAAGUUUAUCUUCUUCCGUUUCUCCAUGGGCUUCGUGGACAGCCUGAUCGCAAAGUAUAUAGCCACUGUGGUAGGCUACCUGGUGGUGAGUCGGCCCUUCCUCAACCUCGCCGACCCCCGCCACAUGAACAGCAGCCAACCUGAGUUGCUGGAGGACUAUUACCAGAGUGGCAGGAUGCUACUGAGGAUGUCCCAGGCUCUGGGAAGGAUCGUACUGGCUGGUAGAGAGAUGACCAGGCUCUCUGGGUUCACCAUGCGUAUCACUGAGCUCAUGAAGGUCCUGAAGGAACUGAACUCUGGGAAAUACGAACGCACCAUGGUCUCUCAUCAGGACAAGGAAUCAGAAGCUGUAGAAAGAGUCCCUCUUGUCCCAGGCAGCGGACAGAUCAUCAACGUUGACCACAUCAUCAAGUUUGAACACACACCACUGGCAACACCCAAUGGAGAUAUCCUGAUCAAGGACCUGACCUUUGAAGUGAGGUCUGGUACCAACGUGUUAGUGUGUGGGCCCAAUGGCUGUGGCAAGAGUUCACUCUUCAGAGUCCUGGGAGAGCUCUGGCCUCUGUUUGGAGGACAGCUGACCAAGCCUGAGAGAGGGAAGCUCUUCUAUGUUCCUCAGAGACCCUAUAUGACCCUUGGUACCCUGAGGGAUCAGGUGAUUUACCCUGACACCUAUGAGGAACAGAAGAGAAAAGGAAUCUCUGACCAGGUGUUGAAGGAGUACCUGGACAAUGUCCAGCUGGGUCACAUCCUGGACAGGGAGGGGACCUGGGACACCGUACAGGACUGGAUGGAUGUCCUCAGUGGAGGAGAGAAGCAAAGGAUGGCGAUGGCUCGGUUGUUCUACCACAAGCCCCAGUUUGCAAUCCUGGAUGAGUGCACCAGUGCUGUGAGCGUUGAUGUGGAGGACUUCAUCUACAGCCACUGCAGAACGGUUGGCAUCAGUCUGUUCACCGUCUCUCACAGGAAGUCUUUGUGGAAACAUCACGAGUACUACCUUCACAUGGACGGGAGAGGGAACUACGACUUCAAACCCAUCACUGACGAGACCAUUGAGUUUGGCUCCUAGACAAACAACACAACCACACACCAUCAUUUGGCUUAGAAAAAGUUGCUCACUAAUUCUGCACUUAAAACCAAGUUUUUGAAGUAACCCUGUUUUUUUUUUGUUUUCUUUUUGACAAAUCUGUAUUUAAAAGCAUCUUGUUAGUCACGCGAUUGUAUAUAACUUGUAAUUUAUGGUCCAAAUUGGUCCAAACUCAUGCAGAUUACAGAAUGGGCUAAUCCCAAUCCAGAUGAAUUAUGUUUGUGUUAUACAACUGUGAACUGAAUCAUGCUUCAUAAUGAUUAAGAUGAGUUAGCCCCUACAGAGGACUCUAAUCUGAUGAAUUAACACAGGGAGGUGGAGACCCAGGUGAUUGUUUAGUGGUCUUUUAGACAAGUCACUGAGGGCAGGUAACAGUAUAAACUGCUAUCUUGUCUUUUUAUAAGGUAUAUGUAUAAUAUGCAAAUGAAGCUGCUUGUUUCCUCUGCUGGGGUGAAAUCCUUCCAUGUGCUUUCCUAGCCUGGUCCCUGAUGUUUGUACUGUCUGGGACCAGGCUAGUCCAUCUAGGCCUUUCCUAGCCUGGUCCCUGAUGUUUGUACUGUCUGGGACCAGGCUAGUCCAUCUAGGCCUUUCCUAGCCUGGUCCCUGAUGUUUGUACUGUCUGGGACCAGGCUAGUCCAUCUAGGCCUUUCCUAGCCUGGUCCCUGAUGUUUGUACUGUCUGGGACCAGGCUAGUCCAUCUAGGCCUUUCCUAGCCUGGUCCCUGAUGUUUGUACUGUCUGGGACCAGGCUAGUCCAUCUAGGCCUUUCCUAGCCUGGUCCCUGAUGUUUGUACUGUGGGACCAGGCUCGUUCUAUGCCUGUUCGUAUAGUGGUCCCUGAUGUUUGUACUGUCUGGGACCAGGCUAGUCCAUCUAGGCCUUUCCUAGCCUGGUCCCUGAUGUUUGUACUGUGGGACCAGGCUCGUCCUAUGCCUGUUCGUAUAGUGGUCCCUGAUGUUUGUACUGUCUGGGACCAGGCUAGUCCAUCUAGGCCUUUCCUAGCCUGGUCCCUGAUGUUUGUACUGUGGGACCAGGCUCGUUCUAUGCCUGUUCGUAUAGUGGUCCCUGAUGUUUGUACUGUCUGGGACCAGGCUAGUCCAUCUAGGCCUUUCCUAGCCUGGUCCCUGAUGUUUGUACUGUCUGGGACCAGGCUAGUCCAUCUAGGCCUUUCCUAGCCUGGUCCCUGAUGUUUGUACUGUGGGACCAGGCUCGUUCUAUGCCUGUUCGUAUAGUGGUCCCUGAUGUUUGUACUGUCUGGGACCAGGCUAGUCCAUCUAGGCCUUUCCUAGCCUGGUCCCUGAUGUUUGUACUGUGGGACCAGGCUCGUCCUAUGCCUGUUCGUAUAGUGGUCCCUGAUGUUUGUACUGUCUGGGACCAGGCUAGUCCAUCUAGGCCUUUCCUAGCCUGGUCCCUGAUGUUUGUACUGUCUGGGACCAGGCUAGUCCAUCUAGGCCUUUCCUAGCCUGGUCCCUGAUGUUUGUACUGUGGGACCAGGCUCGUCCUAUGCCUGUUCGUAUAGUGGUCCCUGAUGUUUGUACUGUCUGGGACCAGGCUAGUCCAUCUAGGCCUUUCCUAGCCUGGUCCCUGAUGUUUGUACUGUGGGACCAGGCUCGUUCUAUGCCUGUUCGUAUAGUGGUCCCUGAUGUUUGUACUGUCUGGGACCAGGCUAGUCCAUCUAGGCCUUUCCUAGCCUGGUCCCUGAUGUUUGUACUGUGGGACCAGGCUCGUCCUAUGCCUGUUCGUAUAGUGGUCCCAGAUGUUUGUACUGUCUGGGACCAGGCUCGUCCUAUGCCUUUUCGUAUAGUGGUCCCUGAUGUUUGUACUGUCUGGGACCUGGCUAGUCCAUCUAGGCCUUUUGUAUUCUGGUCCCUGAUAUGUUGGUACUGUCUAGGACCAGGCUAGUACUAUGCCUUUCGUAGCCUGGUCCCAUGAUAUGUUUGUACUGUCUAGGACCAGGCUAGUCCUCCUAGGCCUUGGGUUAUGAAGCCUGACCUACUGUAGAGUAAAGAGGAAGUAUUGCCUGAAGCUGGAGAAUCCCUGUCCCCAGGUGCUUCCUCUGUGGCUUUUUCUCAGAUUUGUCUUUCAGCGUGUUCUCACCUCCCUCUGAAAACGCAUUGAAAGAGAAGGUCUGAGGAGAGGAGCCUUGGGUUUUCUCCAAUGUAGUUUGAGAAAGAGAUGAGGAAAGGGCCCGGUGUGUGUUCGAGGAAGGCUCUGAAUCACUCACAUUUACAAAUCAUCUAUCACAAAUACGUUUCUGCACAGCGCUCGGUUGAAUCCCCUGGACCAGGUUUUCUGUCUCCUGUCUUAAGCAUUUACAUACAUAAUCAGUCAUUCUCUCCAGCUGCUUCUAGCAGUAUGUGGACUUGGCACUAGAUGACAAAUCGACUGAUCUAUGAGAAUUGUGACUUGUUGUUCUUCCUUGGAUCAGAGUGGUGCAGUUGCUCUGCAGAACCCCAGAAGGCUUCCUCCCCGACCACAACAGUAACUACUACUAUAAUAUACUGACUGUAGCAAUGGUGUUAGUCUGUUAUUGUUUUUUUUUUGUGAACUGUAAAGAAACCGGCUCUGUAGAACUCAUGAUUAUAUGGGAGAGAGACUGUAAUAUAGUGAUUUGACUCUUAUAAAAUAAAAAGUGCAUGCACCUGCAAUAAACUGUAUCAACAAUGCAUUUUCAUUAAAACAAAGAGACUGGA